AUGGCAUCCAGUACAAACGCAAAGUCUGCAGACGGCAAGACCGCCGAUCUACAGAAAGACAUCGUCGACGUCCACACCCAACGGCAUAUGACAACCGACCAUGGAGUCAAAAUCUCCAACCCAGACCAAUGGCUCCGCGUCAUGGACGAAAAGAAAAUCGGUCCAUCACUGCUAGAAGACCAAAUCGCCCGCGAGAAGAUCAUGCGCUUCGACCACGAACGCAUCCCCGAGCGAGUCGUGCACGCCCGCGGCACAGGCGCCUUCGGCACAUUCAAACUCACCGAGAGCGCAGAGGACGUAACAACCGCCGGCGUCCUGACAGAUACUAGUCGGGAGACGCCGCUAUUUCUGCGCUUCUCGACUGUGCAGGGAAGCAAGGGCAGUGCGGAUACAGUGCGAGACGUGCGCGGGUUCGCCAUCAAGAUGUACACGGCCGAAGGAAACUGGGAUAUUGUGGGGAAUAAUAUUCCGGUUUUCUUUAUUCAGGACGCGAUUAAGUUUCCGGAUGUGAUUCAUGCUGUCAAGCCCGAGCCGCAUAAUGAGGUGCCGCAGGGGCAGACGGCGCAUAAUAAUUUUUGGGAUUUUCAGUAUUUGCAUUCCGAGGUUACGCAUAUGAAUCAGUGGAUUAUGUCUGAUCGAGCUAUUCCGCGAUCGUUCCGGAUGAUGCAAGGGUUUGGUGUCAAUACUUAUUCGCUGAUUAACAAGGCUGGAAAGCGGCAUUUUGUGAAAUUCCAUUUCACGCCGGAGCUGGGCGUGCAUUCGCUAGUUUGGGAUGAGGCGUUGAAGAUCGCUGGACAGGAUCCCGAUUUCCAUCGGAAGGAUUUGAUGGAAGCCAUUGAGGCUGGCCAGUUCCCGCGCUGGAAAUUCGGUAUUCAGGUUAUCCCUGAAGAGAAGGCUGAUAACUUCGAGUUUGACCCCCUCGACGCCACCAAGGUCUGGCCCGAGGAGCUGGUGCCCAUUCGUUACAUCGGUCAAUUGGAGCUCAACCGCAAUAUCGACGAGUUCUUCCCGCAGACCGAGCAGGUCGCGUUCUGUACCAGCCACAUCGUGCCUGGUAUCGACUUCUCUGACGAUCCACUGCUGCAAGGCCGCAACUUCUCAUACUUUGACACCCAGCUCUCGCGGCUCGGUCCGAACUGGCAGGAACUGCCUAUCAACCGACCCGUGUGUCCGUACAUGAGUCUGGUGAACCGUGAUGGGCAGGGUAGACACCGCAUUACCAAGGGUAAGGUGAACUACUGGCCGAACCGGUUCGAUGCAAACCCCCCCGCGAAACAAGAGGAAGGCGGCUUCACCAGCUAUCCCGAGAAGUCGCAGGGUGCCAAGAAGCGCGCGCUGUCUGAUAAGUUCAAGGAACACUACAACCAAGCGCAGACAUUCUACAACUCACUCUCACCAAUCGAAAAGAUGCAUGUGGCGAAGGCAUUCUCCUUCGAACUGGACCACUGCGACGACCCCGUCGUCUAUAAGCGCAUGAGCGAGCGUCUAGCCGCAAUCGACCUAGACCUAGCCAAGACCGUUGCCAAAAACGUCGGCGGCGACACGCCCACCAAGGCCCUGAAGGAGAACAAGGGCAAUAAGGCCAAAGGCCUGAGCCAAAUGGACUUCAUGCCCGAGAAACCCAUCAUCUCAACCCGCCGCAUCGCCAUCCUCCUCGCCGACGGCUUCGACUACAACCAGUACACCACAAUGAAGGAAGUACUCACCUCGCACGACGCAUUCGUCAUCACAAUCGGCUCCCAGCGCCAGGGCGUCACUGCCGAGUCCGGACAGAAGGUUAUCCCCGACCAUCACUUCCCCGGGGCGCGAUCCACACUAUUCGACGCUGUCUACGUGCCCGGCGGCAAACAUAUCGAGGCGCUGUCGAAGAACGGCGUUGCGAAGCAUUGGAUUGCUGAGGCAUUCUCGCAUCUCAAGGCUGUUGCUGGUACUAACGAGGCUGUGCCAUUUAUUCAGAGGCAGAUUGGGCUUUCUGAGGUCGAGGUUGCGCAGAGUGGUUCGCCACUUAAGGAGUCGUAUGGUGUUGUUACGGGUUAUGGGGAUGCGGUGUCGCUGUUGAAGGUUGGCACGGUGGGACCUGAUUCGAAGGGUCUCGCGGAGCAGUUUAUUUGGCAUAUCUCGAGACAUAGGAACUGGGCUCGUGAGUUGGAUGGACUUUCUGCUCAGAUUGCUGCUUGA